AUAGAUAGUGAGUCUGUCUUGGAAAUCAGUGCUUUAAUCGUACUAGAUAUGCCUUUAAACAAAUAAAUGCAUACUCAUGCAAUAGUCUGUUUAUAAUUUCCCGAACGCGUGAGGAGUUUAAAGUUUAAAGCGCCCCUGUUUGUAUAAAUGUAACAGACAAUUACUACGAAACUAACAAUGACGUUGAGUUGAUAUACUACACGUCCUCAGCUACAAGAUACAACAUAAUACACCCUUUGAAAAUACAGCUAAUAGAUUAAAAGAUUUAAUAAAAGAUUUCGAACAAUUCUUUUACUAAUUAGGGGCAAUCGGCAAGUCUAACGUGAAAUAGCAAGUCAGACGCACCAUCAGUUCCCGUUAACGCUGCCGCCUGCUUACAUUUUUGCAAGUCUUCCGUCUUAUUGUCCGCUGCAGAUGGCGGGCCGUAUGUGAUGGAUGAAUUCAUUCUUCAGAGUAGCCUAUGUGCUUUUCAUACAGCCUACUUAAGCAUCAGAUUGAAACAAUCCGGCACGAGUAAACUGCUGUACGAAAAGUUUUUUUUUUCUUGCAAAGUACGGUGAAGUUGGUUCAGUUAUGUUUUGAUUUUUUAAUUGUAUUUUUCGGAGCAUGAACUCUUUAGCCCGGUUAUGACACAGUUUGGCAAUUAUAGGAAAUCCUUCUGCGAGUGAAGGCCCAACCUGCAAAUUUCUGGGUGGUAGUACGACGAUCGUGCCACUAUUAGCAGUAAAAUUACUUUCAUUACUGCAGCAGGGGCGAAGGUCCGAACUGCGAAUAUAUAAUAUUAUAAUAGCGACGCUGUUUUCUGUCCCGACAAAACUUCUCUGGAUUUUUCCUGUUAAAGGUCCAGUUUAGCGUCCAGCUGCUACAAAAAGCAAACAUUUUAAGGUUGAGCACAGGCAUCCUUGGACCAGCCAUAUUUAAGAUAAAGGUUUCACCUGUGAGAGGAGCACCACACACACUUCAGGAACAGCUGGAGUUUGCAUCAUGGCGGGUGUCCGUCCAUACGGCUGUUUCACACACGCGGUGGUCCGCGGCGUCCCCGAGUCCUUUGGGCAGACGGCAGAGGGGGGUGACACCGGAAAUGUUCAGACGGACCUGGCCAAGGCCCAGCGGCAGUUUGGGGUCCUGAUGGGGGCGCUGAGGCAGAAGGUGGGGCUCCAGCUGAUCGAGAUCCCGCCGGAUUCGCAGCUGCCUGAGAGCUGGCGCAUGGAGGACAUGGCUGUGAUCCAGGGCGACACGGCCCUCAUCGCCCGGCCCUGGAAGCAGCAGCGCUGCAGUGAGGCUGAGGCAGUGAGGCGCGUUCUGUCAGAGCUGAACCUUACUGUUGUGGAGAUGGGGGAGGAAGAGGGGGCCACGCUGGAGGGCAGUGACGUGCUCUUCACGGGCAAGGAGUUUUUUGUGGGAAUCUCCUCCCACACCAACCACAGAGGAGCUGAGUUCCUGGCGGACACCUUCAGAGAUUUUGCCGUCUCCACCGUCCCAGUGUGCGGGGGGGGGCGUCUGAAGAAUCUGUGCUCUAUGGGAGGUCCAGAUACCAUAAUUAUCGGCAACAGUGAAGGGGCCAAGAAGACACUCACGAUGAUGGAGCAGCUGACCGAUCACCAUUACGAGGUGCUGACUGUCCCCGAGGACGCUGCCGCCAGCUGCAUCUAUGCCAGGGGCCCCUCCCAGGUGGAUUUCCUGCUGCACCCUCCCAGCGACGAGUGUCCCAACAGCAUAACUGCCUUCCAGAAGCUGACUGACUACACCCUCCUUCCAACGGCCUGCAGUGAGUUCUCCAAGCUGGGGGGGUCACUAUCAUCCUUCUGCCUGCUUAUCAACCGCAAGCCACAGCUAUAACUGCAAGCCAGCCUCUCCUCUUUCUCCUCCUCCUGUGUUUCCCUCCUACCCCGCCUAAAGGCAUUCUGGGAUACCGACAGCUGAGGUUUUGCUUUAAACUAAGGAGGUCAAAGGGUCCUGGCCUUCAGCAUCCAUGUGCUCUACUAACAUUAGCAGUGUGUGUCAUCAGUGAGCCCUGUACUGCCUGAACAUUCAGUCUUUGUCUUAUUGACUCAUCUGUUCACUGCACUCCUGUGUUCAGUACCGUCACCUCCACCCUAAUUUCCCUUUAAUGUGUGACACGGGGGUGCAAGUGAGAUGAAAUGCAACUGAAGCCGCGUUUGCGUUAACUGUCAUCCUGUUUCCUCGAACUGUGAUUCUAGCUGUGAUUUGUUUCAUAGGAGUGUUUCGUGACUAUUAGUGUAAAUUAGCACUUUUCAUACAACCUUAUGGAGACUCGCAUACAAACGGGAUGGUAGUGAGACUCAAAUAUACAGGAUACCGGGCAGAAAGCCAGCAGCUGCACACAGACUAGCUUAAAUAUAGAUAGCUGGGUAACGUACUAUUUUCCUUUCACACCUUGUAUUCACGUUUCCAUAACCUGUCUCAUUACGGAUCACGGUGUGUUUGAUACUAGAUGCUUUAGCAGAGGCUGGGAGAUACACCACUAUGCUCUCCAGUGUUUUUUACACUAUAUUUUGUAGUGAGUUUUUUGUAUAAGUGAUGUUUUCAGUUCCUAUUUGAUGUAGGCAUUUUCAGAUAAAUGACAUGCAAUAA